AUGAUUGACACUCGUACAAAUAAAAUAAUGGAGUACGCUUAUAACCUGUGGAAUAAAGGAGCUAAAGAAAUCGUCACCAAAUAUUUCCCAGUUCCUUUUAAGCACAUAUUCAACGAAGACCACGUGGACUAUGUUGAUAAAAAAUACAAUCAAGCUUUAAAAUUGGAUCUGAAGACAGAUCAAAUCAAUGAUAGGCUAGCGUUCGGUGAUAGUACUGAUAAAAGUUCUAAGAAAGUCAGCUGGCAGAUCAUUCCAGUUUGGGAGAACAAUGAACUUACUUUUAAACUGUAUAAUGUUGAACACGACAUGUUUAUCAAACUAGAUGCAAACGUUGACAACUUAGGGACAGACGGGCUUGGGGGCUCGACAAACAGUAACGAAUCUAGACAUCGCUUUACUCUAGAACCUUUCAUAGUUGAUGAUAAGCUUGUAUUUGUUAUUAUAAAUUAUAGGUACGGACAAGGAUUGAAACUGGAUGCCAAUGCAAACGCUGAAGGCGACAGACUACUUUGGGGGCAUAAUGGUGAUGCACGCGCUAACUAUGAUCGCUUCAAGUGGAUUAUUGAAGCUUGGAAAAAUUACACUCUAAAUUAAGACCUCAUAGCAAUCUAAUCGAAUUUAAUAAAAUGAAUAUUUUUGUAUACCGCA